GUGGAGUAACCACUGUUAUUGACAUGCCAUUAAAUUCAAUUCCUCCAACUACUACCGUUGAUAAUUUAAAACAAAAAAUUGACGCUGCUAAAGGAAAAUGCUGGGUCGAUGUUGGUUUUUAUGGUGGAGUUAUUCCAGGAAAUCAGAAUGAUUUGGUUCCUUUAAUAAAUGCUGGUGUCAAAGGAUUCAAAGGCUUUUUAAUAAAUAGUGGCGUAGAUGAAUUUCCCUGUGUAAACGUGCAAGAUGGUCAUAAUUCAAUAUUUAUGUUUCAUGCCGAAAUGGAAUCUAACGAUGGAAAUGAUAUUGAGAUAUCUGAUGAAAACUCUUUUCAUUAUAAUCGUUUUCUUCAAUCUCGACCACAAUCUCUUGAACUUAAUGCCAUUUCUCUUGUUACUCGACUUGCUAAGGAAUAUAGUACUGUACGCACUCAUAUUGUUCAUUUGUCAGCUGCGGAUGCUAUUGAAAUGAUCCGCCAAUCCAAAUCCGAUGGUGUCCCAUUAACUGUUGAAACAUGUUUUCAUUAUUUAUGUCUGUCUGCUGAAGACGUACCAUUAG